AUGAGUAACUACUACCCAGAUGCCUCGCCGGCAGGCGUGCCAUCGCCAGCUCAUGUACCUGCUACUGGAAAGCCCUCAAUACCCUUCCAGUCAGCUCAGCUGCAGCAGCAAACCCUGGGACCACAGACUUUGCCGCCGAACUUUGUCUCUGCCCCUACAUCACCACCUCCACAGACACCAAUCCCAGCUCAACCACAUCACCAACGGCAGCCCACGAUCGCCUCGUAUCAGUCUGGCUCAGAGGCUGGCGCAACCUCCAGCCAAGAACCACUCAACAUCAUCAUUCUUGGAGCCUCAUUCGGCGGCCUAUCCUGCGCCCACCAUUUCCUCGACUACACCAUCGACCGUCUCGGCACAUCUUCCGCCGUCCGCCCAUACCGCCUCAUCAUUAUCAGCCCCUCAACCCACAUCUACUGGAACAUCGGCGCUCCCCGCGCCCUCGUCAAAGGCGGCCUGAUCAAGCACGAAGACACCUUCAUCCCCAUCGAGCCCGGUUUCGUCCGUCAUCGCGGCCACGACUGGACCAUCGUCCAAGGCAAAGCCAUCGACUGGGACCCCGAGGACCGCAGCGUCAAAAUCGAAUGCCUCAACCUCGAAGCCCAAAAACGCUGCUCCUACCUCCUCCCCAAACGCGGCAGCAAGGCCUUCGACACCAACGCCUCCGUCUCCUCCCUCCCCACAGUCCAAUCUCUCCCCUACCACGCCCUCAUCAUCACAACCGGCACCUCAGCCCACAGCGACCUCCUCUCCCUCCACGGCCCCCACCUCCACACCGCCGACGCCCUCAACGCCUUCCACCGCAAAGUCGCCGCCGCCAAAUCCAUCGUCGUCUGCGGCGGCGGCACCUCGGGCGUCGAAGUCGCAGGCCAACUAGCCACCUUGCUCAACUACAAAUCCCACAUCGGCCCCUUCAAAACGAAAGUCCCCAACCCAAAAUCAAUCACCCUCAUAACCGGCUCCGACCGCUGUCUCCCCGGCGUCCCAAACCCCAAAGUCGGCACCAUCGCCGAAAAAUCCCUCCUCAAACUCGGCGUCGAAAUCCGCCACAACGUCCGCGUCACAGACGCCAAAGAAUGGUUCGACCAAACCGGCGCGACCCGCAUCGACCUCAGCGAUAACACCCAACUCAUCGCCGACGUCUACAUCGCCUGCACCGGCGUGGGCCCCAACAGCGCCUUCGUGCCAACCUACCUCAAGGACGACAAGGGCUACAUCGCCAUGAACCACAAAACCAUGCGCGUCGACGCCGCUGGGGACAGAGUUUAUGCCAUCGGCGACGUGGCGAGUUAUAGUUACAAUUACGUCCCGGACGUCUACGCAGCCGUCCCCGUCGUCAUGCACAAUCUCCUCAACGACCUAAUCGCCCACGAACUCUCCGUCUCCAACCCCUACGGCGGGAACGACGAUUAUAUCGAACAACUCGUCGACGAGGAAUACGUCCAGCGUGAAAACGAUAGUCAACUCUGUCCUAUCUCGCGGUACGGUGGGGCGGGGAUGUUACUCGGCAAUGUUCUACCGAAAGUCAUGGUGCAUCUGCUAAAGGGCCACGACUAUAGAGUGUGCAAGGCCAAGGGAGUCGUGGUCAAUGGGGGGAAUCCGUAUGCGACGCCGAUUCCGGGGAAUAAGUAUUCGAGUGAGGCGUAUGAUGAUCAGGGGUAUCGGAAGAGGAAGAUUGGGGGGUUCGGGAAGUUGAGCGGAUGA